GAAUUGUCAUCAACGCUUAUUAUUAUUGAAUUAGUUUUCGUUUCAAUUUAAUCAACUUUUUAAAUUAUAAUUAUAAUUUUAAUUACUCGCUCUAUUAGUCUAGAUAUUUUUAAUAGUUGUAAUCUAACGAUAACAAGGGAUUGAGUAUAAUCAUUUGGUAUCACCCGGUAUGUCGUUAUCACUCAAUCUUUUGGAACGCUUCUCUCACCUUAUAAAUUCCACGAGUGUGUACCCAAACUUUUGGUAUAAACGAAAUACGCACAAACUGUCUCUAUUUAUGGGACUGCGCACCGAGUAUACAGUUAGAUAUACGUACGGCACUGUUGGGUGAAACCGGAAUAGGAGGGCAGGGAGGGAGGAUUGAAUCUCACGAACUUCGAGCGUUCAGUUCUUGUUGAACCGUUCUUGGAAAUGGCUGCGUGCAAUCGCUCUCACGUAUAUGAGAUUCUGGAGAGCCUCCUGAAGAUCCUUAAAGAGGAAGAUGUUUUUGUUACGACCGAUAAGAAUCCCGUAGUGCAAUUCUUACAUCCGCCCGAACUCGAGGAACAAUUACCAAUUCGCUUGAAAGAUGAGGGAACGAGUUUGAAGGAAAUUGAAAAAAUUUUACAAUCAAUUGUCAGAUACUCCGUAAAGACGUCAAGUCCUCAUUUUCAUAAUCAACUUUAUGGAGCAGUUGACGAAUAUGGAAUUGCAGGUGCUUGGUUGACGGAGGCUCUCAACACUAGUCAGUACACGUACGAGGUGGCUCCUGUCUUUACGUUGUUGGAAAGAGAAGUGAUCGAACGCUCGUUGGAACUGAUUGGCUUUCCGAAAGUUCCUGAAGGAGACGGAAUUUUUUGUCCUGGCGGAAGUAUGUCAAAUAUGUAUGGCAUGGUUUUGGCACGGUACGCCGUCAAACCGGAUGUCAAGACUAAAGGACUAUUUGGAAUUCAACCGUUAGCCUGCUUUACCAGUGAAGCUGGUCAUUACUCGAUUACCAAAGGUGCCCAUUGGCUGGGAUUGGGGACAGAGAGCAUUUAUCAGGUCAAAACAGACGAAUGGGGUCGUAUGGAUCCGCAGGAGCUAAAAAAGGCUAUAGCAAAAAGUCGUGAGAAUGGUCGUCUGCCAUUUUUUGUAAAUGCAACUGCAGGCACAACUGUUUUGGGAUCAUUUGAUCCACUUCCGGAAAUAUCAGCCAUUUGCAAAGCAGAAGGACUCUGGUUACACGUUGACAUGUGCCUCGGUGGGACUUUGUUGCUUUCUAGAAAAUAUAGGACUCGACUCGAAGGGAUUGCAUUAACCAAUUCUGUGGCCUGGAAUCCACACAAGACGCUUGGUGCGCCGUUUCAAUGCUCUUUGUUUUUAGUUAAGGGUAAAGACAUUCUUCACAAAGCUAAUAGCGCAGGUGCUACGUAUCUCUUUCAGCAAGAUAAAUUUUAUGACGUAUCUUGGGAUACUGGCGAUAAGAGUGUCCAAUGUGGAAGAAAGGUGGAUGCUGCAAAAUUUUGGCUAAUGUGGAAAGCUCGAGGAAGCAAAGGAUUUGAAUCUUUGAUAAAUAAGGCUAUGGAAACGGCUGAGUAUUUUUUUAAUAAAAUUAAAAAUAGAAAAGGCUUUCGAUUAGUUUUACCAAAAUUUGAAGGCAAUGUUGUUUGCUUUUGGUACAUUCCACCUAGCAUGAGGGGGCUUGAGGAAACAGAAGAAUGGAAAAAGAAGUUGCACACAAUUGCGCCGAAAAUCAAAGAGAAAAUGAUUCUGGAUGGCUCUAUUAUGAUCGGCUACACGCCAUUAGGCUUUAAAAGUUAUGGAAACUUUUUACGCAUGGUAGUUACUUGCCAGCCUCCAGCAUCUCAUUCAGCAAUGAACUUUGCAAUUGAACAAAUUGAAAAGUUUGGAGCAGACUUGUAAGGGUAAGAGAACAAAUUUGUGUUGUAAGAUGUAUUAAUUGAUAAUAAAAUUACUGAUAAGCACUUA